GUCUGUGAUUCCAUGGCAACAGUUUAGCAAACGAAAGCCGUCGACAAUAACAAGUGACAUACCUUCAUAUAGUACGCCAUUAAAUGGAAUAUAUCUACAUUUGUCUUUAUAUUAGGUCGUUUGUUUAUGCAUAUUUUAAAUAAUGUAAAGAUGAUUUUAUCUCAGAGUCUGAAGAAACCUGUUUCCGGAUCAUGGGUGACACCGCUAAAAUGUCAAAAAGUCAGCCAAAUAUAGGCUAUAGUAAACCGUGUAACGUAAAUAACAACAAUUAUAAUAAGUUUAAGUUUCGUAAAUAUUUCGGAAUAUUAACGGAAGUCAACAAACAUCCUAACUUGUAACGUUAGACAUGAAGACAACCAUUUCGGCGCAACAAAACCAUCACGAGCUUCACGGGCCUGAUAAGUCAAAAUUGAAAAUGCAAGAGGACAGUACACCGAGGGAUGAUAUGCCAACAUUACCGAUGCUGUGGGACUCGCUUGAAUCAGACACGGAGAGUUUAGUGCAAGAGAAAGCCUACCAACGAGAGCUUCAGGUGCGUAUUGCCCACAACAGUGAUCUCCUUUCUGUUGACAACUCCAAACAAGAACAUCUUGAUGGACCACAGGAAAUAAAACCAAGAAUGGUGAAAGGACCGAAGACCACCGAACGACAUGGGCCACAGAGGCAAACAUCCCCUGAGGAUGAAUAUGCCGAUCUGCGUUAUGAUCCAAACUGGAGACAGAAUCUGGAGGCCUCGCUAAAGACGAGGCUUUCUCUGGACUCGAUUGAAGAUAGUCUUGAACAUUUGGAAGAAGUGGCUGUAGGUCAAAGGCAAGAAUAUGUUGUUGUCAGUAAUCAACACGCAUCAGAGAUGGACACCGGCCCGGUCUCACAACCGUCAUCUCCUUUCCACCUGCAUCCACGACAGGAAACAUCUGUGCAGGAUGAUGUUCUUGACCCUUCACAAUCAAAACGUUCCUGCGUGUCCUCUGAGCACACACAACAUAGCAACAGGGAACACCUAAAUGUUAUACAAAAAUCUGUUGGAAAGAGAAGCCAUCAACAUCAGUCUGAUCUAAAGCAAGUCAAAGCAAGGGAAGAUAUCGUGGAGCGUAACAAGAUGACUUUUGGUGUCAACACAAAUAAACAGGGGUCUUAUCUGAGGGCUCAUCAGCAAAAAGAUCAACUUGAUGAAACAAAGCAAAAAGCACACCCUGUUGUCGGCGAUCGAUAUCCAAAUAUGAAUGCCAGGCGAACCUCCUGUGAGACAAUCGGCACCUGUAGCCCGGAGAGUCAAGACAAUGUCCGGGAUCCUGAGCUGAUGUGGCUGCUCAAAACACAAAAACUGAAGCAAAGCCAAAAAGAGAGGAAGGACCCAAAGAAGAGAGAAAGAACCAACUCAGAUCAGCUGAAACCCCAUGUUCCUGAAACCAAGCCUAGAUCUGGAUUUUACCUUAAACCACUUACUGAGAGACGCAUCGUCAGUGCUGAUCAUCUAUCGCCGACAGACUCCGAUGUCUUUCCUGAUGCUCCAGAGGCUUACAGCUACUCCUAUAAUCCACCACCACAUCUUCCACCUCAUUCUAAUCCUGCCCCGACAGUCAACCUUAACAUAAACCUCCAUUCACCUGCCAAUCACGCAGAACCACUGAAUCAUACUCAGCAAGAGACCAUCUAUACCAUCGUUUCCCAGGCACUGCAGUGGGAAAGGCCUGAUCUUUUCAUUCCAUCCCUUCUGCAACCAGGUUAUCCGUACCACCCGUCCGUGCCCACAAAUUCAGUGGGGCAGGGGGGCUUGGCUCCACAAGCAGUUGUACCUUCCCCAGCCUCCUACUCUGGUGUGGUACACAGAAAAUACACUGUAGACAGAGAUGCUACUCAGGGCUUAGCACAGAGGCAUGAUGGGAAACUUCAACUCAAUGCAUUUGAGAACGCAUCAUUCAAGAAUCACAACAGAAUCAGGAUACCGGUGCUUAAAUUACCAACAUCUCCUCAAGCAGAAUCCAGCCACUAUCCACCCAGGCUAAUGCCCACUGAUGCGGCCCAAGCACAGACUUCUGGUCCUUACUCAGUGCUGCCCCCUAUAGGUAGAUCUGACGUCGGUGACACAGAACUCUGGUCUGAUAGAUCUGAGCAGCAGGUGAAUCCAAUCCACAGAAGCAGCUCAGAAGGUUACCUUUCACAGAUGGAAAGACACAGACAGGCUAAAACAUCUUAUAAGCCUUACACACUGAAAGACUACAAAAACAUGAGACAGGAGGUGAAGCUUGGAGGCCUUGGACCGACAAACACAAUACCAGAAGCCAUGGCGGAGAAAAUUAGACGACAGAAGCUGUAUUCAAAUGUGAUCCGCGAACAGAACAAGAAGAUAAGUCGGAUUCCCUCUCUGCCGGCCAAGGACCCAGUGGGCAGUGACAACAAGGACACAGUUCCCAGGAGAAAGGCUUUAGAAUAUGCCAAAACUAUCGCAAAGCCCAAGGCACCUCCAAAGACAAUUGACAGACCCAAAGAGAAGAACCAUAGCAUGCAUGGUCCAUAUCUCCAAGAAAUGGACCCAGUCCAACUGGCCACUCUGGAGAUGUUGAGACGACACGAAGAAGAGAGGCAGGCUGUGGCUCGCUUUAAAUCUGUUCCCGCCAUCUAGAUUAACUUCAGAUUAGAACUAUAUGUCUGCGCAGAAGAGCUCCAAUCUCUUCAAGCACACCUGGAUGCACCGUUAACCCAGUGUAACGUGCCGUUUUCCGUCAGUUCCCCGGCUAUUAGUCUGAUUAUAUCCACUUUCGCCUGCCCUUUUCUUUCACAGAGAGAAAAAAUAGGUCAAAUAAGGAUGACACUUUGAAGCCUCCCUUAUUAGGGCCCACGAAGUUGUUUUCUGUAUUUUAAAGUGAUAAUUUUCCCCCUAAAACAAGCUCAAGCACCUAUUUCUUUAAUGGAAGCUUUAGAUCGUUAUCAAAGAGCUAUUUACUCCUAUGUAAUAUUUUAAUUAGAUUAUAGCCUCUAUUUAACCCAUCAUGUCUGCUUUGAUACUGGCUGUUUUCUGUGUUACGCCUCAGAGGCGAGGCUAAUAAAUGCUGGACCUUUUGAAUUAAUGAGAAAUGCUGCCUUUCCAGACCGACUCUCUUUGCAUCUUUUUUUCUCUUUCCUGCCAUUGAAAUCAGUUAAUUGAAGGGGUCUCUCUCAACCGCACAUGAAGGAGGUUGAAUUAGCAUCCCUUUUUACGGAUUGGGAGGCUUUGAUCUGCGCACGGUGCUGGAGAAGGCGGCAGGCCCCUGAAAAUGAGCUGAUGGCUCUGCUAUUAGAGCGACAUGCAGAUGCGUCCAUGUGUCGCAAAACGCUUAAUCUUUUAAUUGAUCACCUUCCGCACGGCCUGUUCUCUUGCCGUGUUUUAUUUUCCCCGGCUUAAUCAGAAUCACUUUUUGAAAACGACGUGAAUUGCUUUUCAAAGGGUGGAAGCGUGCCACAUAGCCAGGUAUUGUAAAACAAGAAGGCUUAUUAUCGUAACGGUUGCGCGCUAUACCCCUAUAAUGUUAAUAAUUAUUCGAAUUUAAGGGAUUGUAAUUCUAGAAAUAUUUUCUGAUAUUAAGCCAAAGCUUUUAACAGAUACACCGUUUUGCAAUCCCUAAUAACGCUCUCUCAAGAUAAAUAAGGAUAGGCCUACAUAAACUACACUGCAACAAGUAGCCGUUGUUUGUAAAUCGUGAAAAUGGAAAGCGACAAUUUGGCAACUAAUAGGGCUGAUUACUCAGCAUUAAUGCAUUUAUAUUUUGCAUUUAUGCAUUUGGUAGACGCUAUCAUGUAGAAGAAUAACCCUGGGAAGCGAACCCACAAUCUUUGUGAUACUAAUUUAGAUACCAGGAUCACAGAAAUCGAUUAAAUAUGAAACUGAAUUUAA